AAGCAAAAUAUGUAGGGAAGUUAUCUCUCUCUCUCUCUCUCUCUUCUCGAUCUGCCUUGCCAAUUUGCUCGCGCCCCAUCGACCACUAUGUCUCUUAGGAAACGGCAACGCGUCGGGAGCAGCGGUCACCUCUCCUCCCUCGACGGAGCCCUAGCGGAGGAGCGAUCCUCCCCCUCGCCGUUCCGCUGCCCCGCCUUCGACCCUGGUGGCUUCAACGACCCUUCCUUCUCUGACGUCCUCCUCCACCUCCAGUUUGAUCCCGAUCACGACCCUCAUCCUGACGCUUACCUCACCUGCCUCGACCUUCACGUCCAGUCCGCCGCCCUCCGCCGCUCCGACUACUUCGCCGCCCUCCUCUCCGACAGGUGGCAGCGACCUAGCGCUUCAUCCGGCGACGCGAUCCCGCUCCGGGUAACCCUCAAGAUCCCUCGAGACGAUGAUCGCCACCGUCAAGGCCCCUUUGACGCCCAUGUCGCCGUCAUUCGGCUCCUCCACACCCUCGAUUUCUCCGGAGCCGUCGCCUCGGUUACUGACGCCCUGGAGAUGAUGCCGGUGGCGCUGGAGUUCCUGUUUGAGGAUUGCGUCCGGGCUUGCGUUCGGUUCCUCGAGGCAAUGCCUUGGACGGAGGAGGAGGAAGAAAGGGUCCUCACGUUGAUCCCUUUCCUCGGUGAAGAGGAAUCCCGGGAACUCGUCGCUAGGGUUUCGCCCGUGGUGGCGGCCUCGGGAGAUUGGAAGAGCAUGUCUGAAGAAAUGCUUCAUGGAUUGAUCGACGUGGCGAUCAGGCGGCACCCCAAUGUGGCCACCGUCAAGGCUUUUGUGGCGAAGAUACUGAAGGAUUUCCCGUAUCGGGAAUCGGUACAGAGGGUACUGGACCAGGCCUUCUUGUCGAGCUUGGAGACGGUGAAAGAUUACUUGGGCAAGUAUGCGAGCCCAGAUGUCCGGGUGGCGGAGGAUAGUGAUGAGAGGGAGGCAAUCCAGAGGCUGAAUUUGCAUGCGGUGAUGUCGAACUUAAAGCAUUUGCAUUGGCUGGUGGAGAGGAUAAUCGAGGUUAGGGUGGCCGACACUGCAGUGAGGGAGUGGAGCGAGCAGGAGGCACUGGCAGCUGACUUGAUGAAGACUUUUAGGGACGAUACAUGGAAGAAUAUUGCACCUGGACUACCAUUGCUGGUCACCAGGUGCAGCUACCGGCUUGCCGAUGCUGUUGCUUCGGGGGCUACUUUGGCUCCUCGACAGGUAAGAAUGAAGAUUGUGAGAAACUGGCUCCCUGUGUUGAAUGUUCUCAGGGAUACCUUUUCACCAUUGCCUAGUGGCUAUAGAACACUUUACCCAGAUCUGGAAGAGACAUUUUUGAAGAUUAUAUCCACCUUGCCGCUGUCUGAUGCUCAAGAGUUGCUACAGCAGUGCCUAAGCUUCUCCACCCGCAAUCUUGAUGAUUGCCCACACUUGACAUCCGCAAUCAAAACAUGGUUCAGGCGUGCAAAUAGGCCUCCUCAUGAUUACAGAACCAACUAAUUGCAUCUUUCCAGCAAGUAGCAGCUGCAUGAGAUUACGGUUAUCAGCCAGCAGUGAGCUCGAGAUUGAUGCCAUGCUGCACAAUACUGGAGGUGGUCUACCAUUGCAGAUUAGCCGUCUUUUACUAGUUCCUGUUAGGUUUCAGACAUCUGAGGACUUCAAAUCUGUAACCAUCUACAUGGAUAACACGACACCACUGAGGCAUGAAGUAUAGAUGGUAACUUGCUAUUCCUGGUUCCCAUUUGUGUGUAUAUCAAAGCUACGAAGGUACUCUCGAGAGUUUCUUUUGUGUGUGUAUUGAACUCUCUUUCUCGUAUCGUCGCGGAGGAUUGGAAUCCUCGUUAUGACAUCUACGAUGCAUCGCUUCCGAUGA